CAGGCAAGCAAGCACAGAGUUUUCUUAACAAUGGAUGGCAAGGCAAAUGUGAAGUCCAUCAUGGCGAAGUUUAAUAACAACGCAGCUGAGGAUGUUCAUUGCCAUCAGGUCAGAAGUGGGGGCCACCCUACUUUGGCUAAAAAAGCAGCCUUUGAGAAGUUCGCCCAGCUUGAAAAUGCUGGUCUGUCUUCCAAACCCAACAGUUUGUACAAGCCUACAUCGCUUAAAUCACCUCCGAGCACAAAACCUCUUCAUGAUGCAUCUGGAAAGGAUUUUAAAGGGCCACCUUUGCAAAGCAGCCCUGUGGCCAGCAAAGUGAAGAUGCUAGCCGAGGCUGCUAGCCGAGAAGCUAAUGAAAAAACUACCUAUCCAAAGCCUUUGGUUCCCAAGAUUUCUGAAGGAUUAAGAGAAGAAACUAAGCCAGUGUUCCCAAAGAUUCCUGAGAAGAAGCUACCUGGUUCUCCUCCUCAGAAGAGUGAAAUAAAGCCUUUAGAUCAGAGAUGGUUCAAACCUGAACCCCAAGGAAGUGAAGCAAAGCCUGUGUUUCCCACGGUCGCUGGAGUUAAAGAAAAAUUCAACAGUGCUGCACAGGAAAACAACUCCAAGCCUCCUUUUCCAAAGCCACCUGUUAAGCACAAACCAAGUCAGGGUUUCACCCACAGUGAAGAUGUUUCCAACAAAAGUGCUUGUUUCAAUCAGGUGUCACCAAAUUCCAGCGGCCUCAAGUCGAAAGCUGGUUCCAUCCAACCCCUCAAAGAUCCACAGGACAAGAGUAGAAAUGAAACUAACCCCAUCAACCCUUUCCCACCUUUGAAACAUGUCAACCACCAGAACAACCUGCCUCAAAUCCCCCCUAAACCUGUUGGGCAGCAGAAUGAAGAGGCAAAACCAAAACCCAUCAAGAAUAUUUUCCUACAAAACAAACAAGAGGAGUCUGGAUCUGCUUCUGGUGCCAUUGGUGCUAUACUGGCCAAUUCAUCUCGAACAGUUACGACGGGACCUUGGGCCAAUAAUACUGGAAAAGAAGAGAAAGACAAAGACAAAAAUUUGCCCAGACGAAAAACACUACCUUCAACAAUGAUAUUGGGACCAGCCCCACAAAAGCCUAACAGGCCUCCAACAGUUGACCUGCAAAAAUUCAGGAAAAGUCAUGGGGAAGGUUCCAGUUCAUCCAAUUCAGUGGGUUUGCCUCCCCCGCUUCCGCCACCCAUUCAUGCCAGACAGUCUACAGAUUUAUUGUCACCCCCACCUCCUCCUCCCCCUCCUCCAGGUUUUCGUCCAUCAACACAAACUCCUGUUCUCCCCCCACGGGAUAAUAUCCCAUCCAGACCUGAUUUAAGGGGCCAAGAAAAUGAAGAAAAUUAUGAUGAUAUUGGAUUUGGUUCAGAAGAUACUGGAAAUGCAGAUGAAAACAGUGAUGGAGAAAUGUAUGAAGACAUAAAUGAGAUGAGAUUUAAACCACAAGAAGAGGGGAAAAAGAAAGAGAAGGAGGAAAAGAAAAAAUUUGAUCAAAAGAAAGAACAAAGGGAUAAAGAUAAAAAAGAGCAAGAACUCAGAAAGAAAUUCAAGCUAGAAGGUCCCAUUGAAGUUAUUCACCAGGCACGAGCUUCCACGGACUUUAAAGGAGGAAAGUACGAUCUGUCCUUCAAACAAGGAGAUCUAAUUGAAAUACUUCGUGUCACAGACAAUCCAGAAGGGAAAUGGCUGGGAAGAUUUAAGGGCUCAUAUGGCUACAUUAAAACUACCAUGGUGGCAAUUGACUACGAUACGUUAAAAAGGAAGCCACGGCCUCCCAUGCAUGUUCAGUCAAAGCACCCAGACAGUGAUCAAGAAGUGUAUGAUGAUGUUGGAGACCAGGAUAGUAUCAGCAGUGGAAGUCAGAGUGCCGUGGGAGGGUUUCCGCCACCUCCACCAGAUGACAUUUAUGAUGGUGUAGAAGAUGAUGAGAUUCCAGAGAAAUCUGUGUCACAGGAUGAAGAGAAGAGUGACACCUGGUCCAAGGGGCUUUUGAAGAUUUUAAAGGGAAAAGAUUACCAAAAGAAAAGUAUGCGAAAGGCAGCAUCCAAAGUCAAUGUGACAGAAGAUCAGAAUUCUUUAAGAAGUCCUUUAGCAAAACAAACAGGGAAGGAUUCUGGAGACAGUGAUGUUUACGAUGAUGUUGAAUCCACUGACUUCCCUCCCCCCCCAAAAGAAAUUAGCCUCCCAAAAAGUAUAAAAUCUUUCAACUUUGGGAGGGGCAGAUCUGAUGACCGUGAUUCACAGAAGUUUAAAAAAAUCGACAAAGAAGAGAAAGAUUUUCGAAAAAAAUUCAAAUAUGAAGGUGAUAUUCGAGUUCUGUACACUACUACCAUAUCUAAAGCACCAUCCCCCAAGAAAAGAGGUUCCAAAGAUUUGCAAGUCAAGCCAGGAGAACUGGUUGAGGUUAUUCAAGAGGUGGAUGAUACUAAAGUGCUUUGUAGGAAUGAAGAAGGAAAAUGUAAGUACUAA